AUCAUCAUCUCCAUUCCCAUUAACAUCGCGCAUACAUCGUUGCUUGUUCGACCAGUUGUGAGCAGUAGAAAGAGUUCCGUCCGCCAAUGUCCGAAACACAAGGUUCACAACCGUCGGUGUCCGUGGAACCUGAGAAGCCAAGUGGUUGGUGCUUCGUGUGCAUCGGCGGUUGUCUGCUCAUCGUUGCUGUAGUAGUUGCUUGCUCUGGAUACAUUGCUCACUACCUCAGACCACCGUCCAACAACACAGAAACUGUCAACGACGAACUGGGAAUUUACGCGAACCACAAAAUCAACGAAAAUAACCAUAACGAAAAUGGGACCAUCUGCGUUGGACGCCCGGCAGACAGUCCAGCGUGUAAGGCAGGUGCGCAGCUGGUCGCAUGUAACUCGAGCAACAUGAAUUACGCCUUCUACAGCAGCCCCAAGGCCGGCCACUGCAUUGUCCACUGGGUGUUGAAUCCUGGUUGCCUUCAAGGAAGCAACCGCUUUUCAAGUAUUGCGGAAUGUGAAGCCAGUUGUAUAAGCAAGAAUGAGAGCCGAUGUCUGGCGCCUGUAUAUUCCAGUCCGUGCAAGGAGAGUGAAAUCACGGCGAGGCAACAUUCGUAUUUCUACAGCUCAGAAGGGAACUGCACCAAGUCCAGCGGCGCUUCCUGCCUUGACGGUGUAAACAGGUUUAGCACAGCUCAAAUGUGUUUGGACCGAUGCGCCAAAGGUGACCCAGCCUGUCGUACGCCAAUGAUAAACCGGCAGUGCACCUAUGAUGAGAAACAAUUCAAGGCAUAUUUCGACGCGGAGCGCAACUCCUGCUUCUAUUGGACCGUCGCUUGCCUGGAAGGGCAGAACAGACACACUUCGGCUGGAGAGUGCACGAGAGCAUGCUUCUCCGACGUUUUCUUGUUGUUCGGAUCAGCCCUCCUUGGAUGACAAAAGUUUAAAUAUCACGCUUGAAUAUAUCAAAUCCCGUACAUUAAACAACGGAUAAUAAAUUAAACGACUAUA